GGCUGCGGCCCUUACUCAUCACCACACGGUCGCAGAUUUAUAGGUAACUAAUUUAAUUGCAGAUAAUGCGACGUUCCUCUAAGGGACCAAGUGAACACAUAUUCCAGCCUCCUUGAUUUUCAAUUUUUCUGAACUGGACCCUUUCCCUUAUCACAUACACUCUGUCUCCUGGUCUGCAUAUAAUUUACGUGCAACAUGGCCUAUGAUCCACGAUUAGCUAGUGCGGGCACUGCAACGCCGGAUCCCCCGCCUCCUCCCCCUCCCCCUCCUGAGUCUGCCAUGGCAGCACCAACGGAGACAGAGUCUGCAGACGGGACUGCUUCCGCACUUGCCCAGGAGCAGCAGUCUGACUCGUACAAACUCAAAUUCUGCACAGUGUGCGCCUCGAAUCAAAAUCGUUCGAUGGAAGCUCAUCUUCGUCUAUCUACUGCACCAUCUCCAUUCCCUGUUAUCUCUUUUGGAACGGGUUCCCUUGUCCGUCUGCCAGGCCCAUCUAUUACGCAACCUAAUGUGUACAACUUCAACACCACCUCGUAUUCUCAAAUGUACGAGGAGCUUCUCUCCAAGGAUGAAAGGCUUUAUCGUAACAACGGGCUUUUAAAUAUGCUCGAACGCAACCGGAACCUGAAGUGGGGACCGGAGCGCUUCCAAGAUUGGGUCCCAGGCAUGCCUCGCGUGGAUCACGUUUCAAAAGGCGACAAAGGCGCCUUGGGCACCGAGGGAGGCGUGGUCGAUGUCAUCAUCACUUGCGAGGAGCGGUGUUGGGAUGCCGUUGUCGACGACCUCAUGAAUAAAGGAUCGCUGCUCAACCGGCCCGUCCAUGUAUUCAAUGUCGAUAUCAAAGAUAACCACGAGGAAGCUCUGGUCGGAGGAAAAGCCAUUCUCGAACUAGCUAAUCGGCUCAACGAAGCCGCCACCCAGGAACGCAAAAUGAAUAAUCCUGACGGCUGGGAAAAUGGAACCGGCGAAGCUCGGAGAAGUUUCGACGAGAAAGUUCCGGAAAUCCUUGCAGCUUGGCAGGAGAAGUGGCCGAAUCUGCCGGCGCUGUGGACUUUGGCUUGGUUAUAGUCAUUAAAUAAUAGUGAUAUACUCCUACUAUCUUGAUAAUAUGACGACUAUUCUACAUGAAUCAAUUCAAUCCAUCUAUACAAAGGGUAUCUCAAUACCGUCUUAGACCAAGUGAAAAUCAGUUUGAUGUCUGCUUCCUGUAAUCUUGUAUCAAGA